AAGAAAGUGAUUCAAAUCAAUCACAAUUAAAUGACUCAUUUUAAUUGAUCUCAAGUUUGAAAAAAAAGUGAUUAGUUAACUAGAUUAGAUUAUAAUUAAUUCUGGUUUUUCAGAUUAAUCAAUAAUUUGAAUAUAUAUCUCGAUAUAUUUUCCAUGAAUAUAAUGAUUUACUUUGAUUAGAACUUUUUUUCUGAGAGUUUGCUCUCGAUUGUUGAUCGAUAAUUUUAAAUCGAUAUUGGUCAUAUUUCUUGUAAUAAGAAUGUGUCACCAUUAUGAUUAGUUGAUUGUUGUCUCCAAGGGGAAAUGAUUAACGAUAAAUUGUUUCGUUUUCUUAUUGGAAUAAUUAUUUGGUCAACCAUAUUUCUACUUUCGAACUGUUCAAAUUUUCGUCUUUCAAGUUUAAUUUGUCCCAAUAAUCCGAACGAUAUUCCUAUCUGGUCAAAUUCCGACCGUGAGACACCACUUUCAGAGGUGUGUCCUUUUGUAGUGGUCACUAGUGGCCUACGAAAUGAUGAAAGUGUUGCUAAUGGUUCGUCCAGUGUCCAAUUGGACAGUUAUCGAUUACGAUUGUUACUAUCACCUUCACCCAAGUAUCUUGGUCAAGAUAAUAUUGAUGUUUAUCCACUGACCGAUUUACAUUUUCCCGAUUCACCAAAUAUCACAAUCGAUGGUGACCUAAUGAUUGACCUUUCUCCAAUGGUUACUCUUCAACCAGUUGACCUUUGUGGUUUUAUCUAUCUAAUUGUUGUCCUAAUCAAGGUAGACCUUCCAAUAGCUUUGACUUUUGGUUCACUCAGUAAAGAGAUUGAGUUGACUUGUCCAAAAGAAACGGGAGUUGACCUCAUCCUUCAAGUGACCUAUGAAAAUGGUUCUUUAGUCGAUUCAUCGAUUCAAAAUCGUCUUAUUAUUCAAACAAACGGAAACUCAUUAGAAACUCUCAAUGGAGUCAAGUUUAUCAUCGUCAAUCAGGGUAAGUAGUUUACUCGGCGAUGUGGACUCAAAGCGCUUCAAACAAUGGCCUUUCUUUUACCCAUCAAUCGAAAUGUCAAAAGUGAUUUCGUCAGGAUAGAUAAUCGAAAAUUUUUCAACAUCGCCAAUGGUUAUCAUCUAAAAAAUGGUGACAAACUUAUUCGCGAUCGAUCUGGUUGGUGUUCACCUUUUAUCCAGGUAAACUCGAGUGUCCCUGUAAACAUUACGUGGCUUCAUCUGGUUGAGUUAACAGUUUUACCUUCAACCUUUGACCUGCUAAUUGUUAUCGACCCGUUUGGAUCAACCAGUGAGACUAAAAUGUUUACCUUUUCAAUGAGUUUACCUUCAGGAAAUGAUUCAUUUAAUGUCACCAAAUGUUCAGCUUAUCCUGCCAAUGAUUCAAUUCUUAUAAUAAAUUCAAAUGACCAGUUACCUCAGAAAGUGACCUUUUACGGUUAUCAGCUGAUGGAUAAACGUUUAUUCACCCUGGAUUCAACUCAGGAGACCAUAAAAACCUCACUGACCACUGUCCUUGUGAAUAAAUAUUUCUACCAAAAUUGGUUCAUUGAUCAGACAAUUAACUUAUAUGAUCUACAUGGUCAAGGUUGUUCAAUCAAUGACCAGCAAACAUCAAUUUGUGAUUCUAUUAGAUUAUUAUUGACCGAUACAGCUUCAUCUUUUUAUCAGAUUCAGACUGUAGCCUCAUCUUGGGAACAAGAACAGGUCAAUAAACUUUCACUCACUCUCAAAGUGACCUCAACUUUAAUCGAUGAGGUUUUAAACGGUGAUCUAAGGUCACUUUUACCUCCUUGUAUUAAAAUGUUUCGCUCUCUUAUCGUCCGUUCAUUUUCCGGUGCCGAUCGAUUGGACAAAUAUGACCAGUCUUAUUUUGGAACUAUUCAAAGGGUCAUUGAGAAUAUCGUUGAAUCUGAACCUCCGAUCAGUGAAGCCGCUCUUUUAGUCCCUCUUAGGAUAAGACGUUUUCUUGGUCGGUUGAUUCGAGAAGGUUCAUCAGCGGUUUUGGACACUUUGCCUGAUCUUAGUAAGAAAUUGUUCUGGUUGAUUAACUUUCGUCGGGUAUUAUUAUGGAUUCUUGAGGAUGUUCUUUGGGAUUUUGAACUGCCCACCGAGAUGGUCAGUAUGUUACAUGAGACAAUCUCCUCUCCUAAUGCCAAUACUUUUCUGUCCAACGUGAACAAAUUGACGGACAUGAGUAACAAAUGGUCAACUAUUGAGACCAAUGAGGAAGUAAUCAAAUCUUCAACGAUACUUUUUAAUCAGCUAAUGUUGGUUACUGGUGAAGACGAGAUUUGGUCAAGAUAUGUGUCCAUAUGGAAUCUGUGGUCAACUCGUUUUCUCAGUGAUUCUCAACGAUGGAUUUUUCUUGAAGGGCUUCCCGAUGACCAGCGAAAAUUGACCGUUAAAGGUGACAAUUUUUUCGAUGUCAAUAUUGAUGAAUCAUGUUAUCGAAAUGCAAUCCAAAUGUUGACCACUCGAAAAGUAUUACCAACUUGGUGGAAAGAAGAUAAUUUGGAAUCACUUCGAGAGAAAGAAAAUUCUCUGACCAGUUGUUCUUUUAGGAGUGAUGGUCAUUCAAUACUUCGGGGAGAUUGGGAAAUGUUGACCGGUAAAAUAUUCUGGACUCCGGUGAUUCUUUGUAAUUGUAAUAAAACCUUCACCAACCAAUGUAGUCUCUGAACUCGAUCAACUCACAACCAUAGUGAAUCCAUCAUGAAAUCAGAGGGAGAUGAUUUUCCAAGCAAUUUAAUCCUCCAUCUUGAUCCAAAUCAUUAUCAUCAUUAUAUUCAUUUUGUAUCACAAUCUUAAUCAUCAUAAUCCCAGUAAUCUUUUCACUGAUUACUGAUCAUUAUCUGGCAAAUUUUCAUCUCAUUAACUUGAUCUCAAUUCAGAUUCCAAAAUGAAGCAUAUUAACAUUCACUUGCAAAUCUAAUUUGUACUGUACUUUUUUUUUAUUCACAAACCAUCAUGUUAAUCAUCAUGAAGACUAUUUAAAUUAACUCAAUGAAUCUGAUACUUAGUAAACAACUAAAAAAGCUUUAAUUCAAAAGUUGAUUGUAAACCUUUUUUUCAUUUGAAUUUGAAUAUUCAUUCAAAUCCCAUGUGAUGAUUUCCAUGCAAAGAAAGGUUAUUGAUGUAAUUGAGCAAUAAAAUGUUACCUGGCGAUCGCUUGAUUUAUUUGGAACUGAAUUAGUUGAUCAUGAUGAUGAUGAAAAAAUAUCGUGAUGAUGAGUAUGAUUAAUAUAAGUUAAGGAAAAAUACUUGGAUCGGAAUUAAAUGUAUUAUAAAUCAUUGAAUGUUAUCCAAUUGGAUUGGUUGAAUUUCAUUGCAAUGUUCA